AUGGGACCAUUUCUGGAUCUUAUGAAGAAUGCACUCUUCUCACCCACCUCAUCUUCUGCUGUAUUCCCUCCAAAAGCUUCUCCGUCUCCCAAUUCAUCUGGACUCGUUCCUUUUGGAAGUCCCAAAUUCUACGUGUUCUGUGGAAUGGGUGGUUCGAUUUGUUGCGGAUUCACUCAUCUUAUAAUCACUCCACUGGAUAUUGUCAAGUGUAGAAUGCAAGUCGAUCCGAUCAAGUACACAGGAGUUGUACAAGGAUUUAGAGUUGCCGUGGCAGAGGAUGGUUUCAGAGGACUCGCCAGAGCAUGGGCUCCAACUACAAUUGGAUACUCUGCUCAAGGGUUUGGGAAGUUCGGGUACUAUGAAGUUUUCAAGAAUGUCUAUGGGAGUAUGUUGAGUGAAGAAAAUGCAUAUACGUAUCGUUCCUGGAUAUAUCUAGCUGCUGCCUCAUCAGCUGAAUUCUUUGCCGAUUUCUUCCUUGCUCCCUUCGAAGCUGUGAAAGUCCGAAUGCAAACAUCAUCGACAGCGCCGAAAACAAUGAGAGAAUGUAUGCCGAUGAUUUACAAGAAGGAAGGAAUGUACGGAUUUUUCAAGGGAUUACCUCCGUUGUGGACUCGACAGAUUCCAUAUACAACUGUAAAGUUUGUGUGUUUUGAGAGAAUAAUGGAGUUGAUGUAUAAGCAUGUUGUUCCGAAGCCAAGGGCAGAAUGCACGAAAACUGAACAGUUAUUGGUCACUUUCUCAGCUGGAUAUUUAGCAGGUAUUCUCUGCGCCGUUGCAUCUCAUCCCCCAGAUGUUUUGGUCUCUCAACUCAAUCAAGACCCAAAUGCAACGCUUACAAGUGCUGCGAAGCGAUUAGGCUGGAAAGGAAUGUGGGCGGGACUUGGAGCAAGAAUAAUCAUGAUUGGAACAAUCACAGCAAUGCAAUGGUUUAUAUAUGACGGGUGGAAAGUUUUGAUGGGUAUCCCAAGACCUCCACCAGCUGAAAUGCCAGAAUCCAUUAGGAGGAAAUUGGAGGAGGAGGAUAGAAAGAGACAGUAA